UGGCAGCCGUGCCAGUGGCCUUGUCAGUGUCACUUACGUCAAUCUGGAAUUUGUUUUGAUAAAAUGCACUUGGUUGUGUAAACUGGGCUAAAAACCGAAAAAAUGGCAUUUAACCCCUUGACCGAGGCCGAGUGCGGCCAGAAGAACCCCCUGGCCCGCCUGACGUCGCACCUGACCCACGAUCAUGCCUUCGCGGAGGCCCACGGGCAUGCCUUCCCCAGCAGCUCGGACCAACUGGUCGAGCAGUUCCUGCAAGAGACGAAGUCGGUGCCCCAGAGCUUCCGGAUGGACGAUUUGAUGCGAGAAAUGCACGAAAUUGAGUCUCAAAGGUCGGCGCUGCCGCCAAUUCCCGCCUCCACGAUCAAGGACCAGAUCCACGACGACGCCUGGGCGCAGCAGUACAUCGACGACGGGAAAAUCUUCAAUGACAAUGUGAACAGUGAGGCGAUCUGGACGGAGAUCCUCUCGCAGGAGCAGAACAAUGCGGCUGUGGUGGACGACUGGGGCACUGAUAAUUUCCCAGAGAUACUGCCAGGGCCCAGCAAGGUAAAUGCCUCGCAGCAGAGCGCUCGGGAGUUUGUUGAGGCUGUUGAUGACCCCAAAUUUGUGUAUUCGAAGUUUAUGAGAUUCAUGAAACAAGUCGGCGAUGGUGAUGUUAAUUUGGAGGACGGGAGGCUGACGGAGGAAGAGGCGCAGUCCUGGAGCAAGGAGUUCCUCCAAAAUAACAACGAAGCGGAGGCUGAAAAAGUCGCCAAAAAGUGGGAAAAGGAUUACGAAGACGAUUUCAAUUCCAAAUACUGGAACAACCUCCAGGAAGAGCUCAAACAAACUCUAGAAGGCGCCGAAUCUAGCGAAAACACUUGGGCGAGCGAAUUCGACUCCUACUAUACUGCCCCAUACAACGACUAUACCUUUACCGAAGAAAAUCCCAUGUUUGAUAUUCCUGACCCUUUACAAAGAGGCAAAAAACUGCUCGAAGACGGCGAUCUGCCGUCGGCUGUUUUAUGUUUCGAAGCGGCCGUAAAACAAGAGCCUGAAAACAGCGAAGCUUGGCUACUAUUAGGCAAAACCCAAGCGGAAAACGAACAGGACUGUAAUGCCAUACCGGCAUUGAAAAAGUGUAUAGAACUGGAACCCAAUAAUUUAACGGCGCUCAUGGCCUUGGCUGUCUGUUACACCAACGAGAGUUACUACAGUCAGGCUGCACAAAUGUUGCUCAAAUGGCUCACAAAUAACCCGAAAUAUAGCGAUCUGGUGCCACCCGAUUUUCAACUAACUGGGCAAGUUACAAGCUUUUUACAGCCGAACCAGCAGCGAUUCAUCCAGGACUUAUACAUAAAAGCCGCUUUACGACAACCUGUGGAUAUUGAUUACGAAGUACAGUGUGGUCUCGGCGUUUUGUUCAAUUUAUCUGGAGAGUACGAAAAGGCGGCUGAUUGUUUCCGAGCCGCGCUGUCCGUAAAAUACGACGACGCCAAAUUGUGGAACCGUUUGGGGGCGACGUUAGCCAACGGGUCCAAAUCGGAGGAGGCUGUGGAGGCGUAUCACCGCGCACUAGACCUAGAGCCUGGUUUUAUACGAGCGCGGUAUAAUGUAGGAAUAAUUUGUAUAAAUUUAAGGGCCUAUAGGGAGGCCGCCGAACACUUUUUAACUGCUCUCAACCAACAGGCGAGGGGCAGGGACGUAAAAAAUUCACCCGCAAUGUCGCAGAUGUCGGACACGAUAUGGUCCACGUUGCGAAUGUGUAUCUCUUUGUUGAAUAAGGUGGAACUUAGGGCGGCAGUGGAUAAUCGGGACUUGGAAACGCUGAAUAAGGCUUUCGAUAUUGUGUAGAAUUGAGAUUGUGCAGAUUGUUAUUUUUGUAUGCCCCAAAAAAUAUACUGUUGGUCUUUUUACAA